UUGAACUUUGAGAGUGAGAUUGGAAGACGUUGGUUGUCAGUACUUUUUAUUGAAACUGAGGAUUUCAUGAUGGAAGCAUUUGGCCUAAGACUUUUGAACGCUACUGUACGUAAGAAAUUCCAAAAAACUACAGGUACAAGUGCAAAUGAAAAGCUGGUAUUUACAGAAUCCCCUAACUCAGCACUGAAACGACGGUUCCGUACGAAUUUCACAGAAGCUCAGUCGCUGGUGCUGGAAGAAGCAUUCCAAGAAUCCCAUUAUCCUGAUCAAACCGCGAAAAAAGGCAUGGCCGAGAAGCUCGAUAUCCCAGAAGAUAGGAUCACGGUGAAUUUUUUUUCAUGUGUCUGA